AUGAAUAAUAAUGAAUGUGUCAUUAGAAGCAACGAUAAAAAUGUUGGUGAAGAGAAUGGCGGCGAAGAAAAUUAUUUCUCAGAUACUGUGAAAGCUCUCUUACAAGAAUUCUCAUCGAUUAAAAAUCCUGGCGGAGAAGAUGAACACUUAGAAGAAUGCAUUCGUAACUGGUUUUUUAAACAUAAAGAAUUUACCGAA